GAAAGAAAUACUCUAAUCUAUCUCUCAGUCAGUCACUCUCCCAUAGCAAACUUCUUGAAAACAAGGAUCACGCAGAUUAUGCUUCGAAUUUCCUUGUUCCAUGCUCCCUCUCAUUUCUCCUUUCUUCUUCCGAAAGUACAGAGCGCAGUUCUCCUUCGCUCACCAAUCUCGGCCUCCACUCAACGUCGUUCACAGAUAGCUUCUUAUACGACGACGUCUUCUGCUAUGGGAUCCCAGAACAAACUCCUCUUCCGUCAGCUCUUCGAGAAGGAGUCAUCUACCUACACUUACCUUCUUGCCGAUGUUCUCCACCCUGAAAAGCCUGCACUGUUGAUUGAUCCAGUCGACAAAACAAUGGAUCGGGAUCUUUCACUUGUUAAAGAAUUAGGAUUGAAGCUUAUUUAUGCUAUAAACACGCAUGUACAUGCUGAUCACGUAACUGGCACUGGUUUGAUCAAGUGUAAGGAUCCUAGUGUAAAAUCUAUCAUCUCCAAAGCAAGCAAUGCAAGUGCUGAUCUUUUCGUUGAACCUGGGGACAAAAUCCAUUUUGGUGAUCUUUUUUUGGAGGUACGUGCCACCCCAGGGCACACAUUAGGUUGUGUCACCUAUGUUACAGGAGAUGGCUCCAACCAACCCUACCCACGAAUGGCCUUCACUGGUGAUACCCUACUGAUCCGUGGAUGUGGAAGGACAGAUUUCCAGGGUGGAAGCUCAGAGCAGCUGUAUAACUCAGUACACACACAGAUAUUUACAUUGCCAAAAGAUACUUUCGUGUAUCCAGCUCAUGACUACAAGGGAUUCACUGUCAGUACAGUCGGAGAGGAAAUACUAUAUAACCCGCGCCUGUCAAAAGAUAAGGAGACAUUCAAAGACAUUAUGGCAGGUUUGAAGUUGUCGUAUCCAAAAAUGAUGGAUGUUGCUGUUCCUGCUAACAUGGCCUGCGGCUUGCAAGAGACCAAACUAUAAGCUGUGCAUUCAUGUCACCUAUCAUCAUAACCCUGAGGCUGUGUUUAUUAUAGAGGUGAUUGCACUAUUAAGGAAGCGGAAGUAGUGAAUUGAAAUUUUUAUUAAGGUUGAUAUCCUACAUUCAGAUGUCAUAGAAGGAUCUACUCUCCAGCAGUUACUUGGCUGACAUUUAAGCUGGCACCAAUACAUUGUUACUAUAACGUUGUAUCUACUUUUUCUGGGUGAUUUUUUACUGAAAAGGAC